CUUUAAAAUAUAUACCUCAGUGAGUCUGUAUCAGUAAAGGAACAAAUUAACUACUUAAUGUGCCAAAUUAGAAUAACAGAGUGAUUAACAUGCCAAUUUUAUUAGUUUCUGUGUUUUUUCUUAUUUGGACUAAAUAAGGUGUUUUUUUGCAUUAUUUUGUAAUUAUUGCAUUUAUAAACUUCAUUUACAGUUCUGAGAUGUUGAUUUUUCUUCUUCUUUCUUCUUAGAGAUCCACCAUGAAGUUUGUGGCUCUAGCUCUAGCUGUUCUGCUGGCUGCAGGAUGCCAGGCACGAUUCUUGCAGGCUGAUGCUCCACCAUCUCAGUAUGAGCACAUUAGAUCUGCAGUGGUGACCUACCUCGGCCAAGUUAAGGACACAGCACAGAAAGCAAUUGGUCAUCUCGAUGAUGCUGAGUUUAAGGAUUACAAGGCACGCCUCACUCAGGGCCUGGAAAACAUCGAAACCAUGCUUAAGUCUUCCUCGGAAUCCCUUGCCCCAUUCCGUGAGGGACUCGGACCCCAGAUUGUUGAGUCCUUUUCUGGUGUUCGGGAGAGGAUUUCCAAUGACCUGGAGGAGCUGCGCAAGGAGCUGGAGCCUAAGCGUGAGCAGCUGCGUCAGGUUAUAAAGAAGCAUCUGGAGGAGUACCGUGCAAAGCUGGAGCCUUUGCUGAAGGAGUACUCUGAGAAGAACCGCAAGCAGGUAGAUGAGUUCAAGGCCAAGUUUGAGCCUGUAAUCAAGGAGCUGCAGGAGAAGAUCAGGGUUAAUGUGGAGGAGACCAAGUCCAAGCUGACCCCCAUUGUGGAAACCAUUCGCAACAAGCUGACCAAGGGGCUUGAGGAGCUGAAGGCCACAUUUGGACCACAUGCCCAGGAGUACAGGGAGCAGAUUGAGGGUGCUUUAAAUGAUCUGAAAAAGAAGUAUGAAAGUGGUGAGCUGCAAGCAAAACUCAAGAAUUUGGGUGAGGAGCUUAGGCCCCAGCUAAUUGGUAUCUAUAGCACGAUUGAAAAGUCUUUGAGGUCAUAAGGACUCUCUUCCACCUUUUCGCCCACAGUGCAGUCCUAAUGGCAAUCUUUCCAUAUAUCUUUCCCCACAUGCUGUUAUUAUCAGCUGGGGCUUGUGAGGCCUGUCAUCACCAAGAUCUCUUGCCUCUCUCUUCAAUAUCUCUGCACUUUCCAUUCACCACAUGGGUGGAUGCAAAAACUGGACUUUGCUUUUUAACUUACAACAUGGCAUUCUGUUAAAUCUACUGUAUCCAGCACAUACUAAAGUAAACAUUUUGUGUAACAUUCUUAAAUGUUUGUUUAAUGUUUUACUGUGCUUCACUGUUUUUCGAAAACAACUAAAAUAAAUGGCUUAAUAAAGUAAUUUUACAAAUCAA